AUGAACACUAGAAGCACUUACUAUCAGUAUGAUGAAAGUUACAAAUUGAGAAGAAGAAGUCCUUCAACACCACGGGAAUCUACUAGCACUAUGACUUAUACUGCCAAGAAAAAUACAGAUAACAAGAUGAAAGGCAAUCAGAAUUUAGAUGUUGGUGAACGAGGUCGAGCAAGAAGCAGACAUGAUCCUGAUAAUGACAGAACCUCUGAUGUUGAAAAAAAUAGUGACUCCUAUUAUUCUGAUGAUUAUGACAAUACAACGUAUGAGUCUGACCAGACACCAACACCAAGCUUUAAGUCUAGAUCUCCGCGUGGUAAAAAGGUCAACCCAAAAUUUAGGUCUUCUACACCAGAGCAAGGCAAAGGUUGGUAUUCUGUUCUGUUCACAUGUGAAGUAGGGUCUCAGAACAAGGACGCUGGCUGUGUAAUCAUGCUAAGUUUACAAGUAGGGGCUAAGUAA